GUGCGGUGCCCGGCCACCAGCGGGCCGCCGAGCCGCCCGCCCAGCUCGCCACCUCCAAGAUCAGGCGCCCUCCCAACGCCUUCAUGGUGUUUGCCAACGAGCACAGAAAGCUGCUGGCCCGCGCCUUCCCCAACGAGAAUAACCAGGCUAUAUCCGUACGGCUGGGCUGCAUGUGGAAGGCCAUGGGCCAAGACUACAAGAGCGUCUAUUACCAAAUGGCCAAGGACGCAGCGGCGGAACACAAGCGCAUGUAUCCAUCGUACGUGUACAGCCCGAAGGAAGCGCGCAUGCGGAAGCAGGCGCGCGAGCUGGUGCGCCGCGAGAAGACAGCGAGGCCGUCGCCAGCCAGUCCGGUCGCCGAGUCCGGAGUGACUGAUGUAGCGCGCGCGACCGCGAGCGGCAUGGCUGAAGGGGGCACCCGCUGCGGCGGAGACGGCCGACCCAGCACGGAGACCAGGGCCAAGCUGAUGGAGGUGGCCCAACUGCUGGAGUCGUUCUCAGCCAACGGGCUGUUGCCGGAGACCCAGCGACGACUGUCAGCGCCCGUGAGCCGGUCAGAAACCUCCGGCGCCGGACCGCCGCCGGCCGCGAGCGCACGGCACGACGGCAUGUACGGCGGCCCGCUGAGCCCCGCGCACGGCCAGCCCUUCCACGCGAACGCCGCGCAGGGCCCGACCUUCCACGGAAGCUUCCCUCAAGGUCUCGUCAUCCACGGAGACGUCGCGCACGGCCAGGCCGCUUACGAAGAUAGUGCGUGUGGCCAAGCCGUCCAUGGAGACAGCUUCAUGUAUGGCGUCACUCAAGGAGAAGGUCUCGCCAUCGGUCAGUCCAUGCAGGGGGACGGCCUCGUCCACGGCCAGCCGGCCCAGUACGACCCCCUCACGCACGCCUCGCUUGACUAUGGCGAGCACGCGCUGCGCGGGCCCGUGAGCCUGGCCAAUCACGUGGUGCUCUACCCUGCUGGUCACGGCAACCCACUGGCACAAGGCCCUGUCAGCGGCGGUGGUCACGUGACCGACGCUGCGCACUGGUGCGCAGAUAACCGGCUCGAGUCCCAGCAUUGGACAGCAGUGCGCUCCGGCCUGCUGCUGGCCGCCUCGCACCGGCACGCCGGCGGCUGCUGCCGGCCGGCCGGCGUCUGGGCCCAGAACACCGGAGCGCCCUGCGAUAGGACGCUGCCGAUCGCAGCGGCCUCGGCACCCGGGGCCCUGUUGCAAAGCCCCGUCUUCUCCGGCGGCCGGCUGCCGCGGCCGCAGCCGGUCUACUCACACGAGUCAGGGUCCCGCUGCAGGGUCGCCGCCUGCUGCGAAACGGCUGCGUAUCAGUGGUGCGGCCCGGCCGUGUUCGGUCCCCCGGAGAACGGCUCGCCGCAGCUGCUGCCCCCCGAAACGUGCUGGUCGUGA